GGAUGUUUUACAGUGCAGUCAGAUAGGGUCGAGUGUCUCUCCUCCCCUGCACACCGCGGCUACCUGGCGAGAAGAUUUGGAUUAAGACUAAUGAACUGGGGGGUAAAUAAUCUCCACGGGACUGUUUCACGGGGCGCAAACUGACUCAUUGUCUCGCUGUGGGAAUUUUUUUUUCUACACCUCUUGGCUGAAGACGAUGUCUGUCCGGGGAUACUUUGUCGCUUUUUCCAAAUGCACAGUUCUUCUUUCUCUGAGGAUUUUGCUUCUUGUGCCUGCAGGGUUGCCAGUCCGCAGCCAAGGGGAUUCUCAGUCCGACAACAAAGUGAUGGACAAUAUCACCGUCCGACAAGGAGAGACGGUCUUUCUCAGGUGCGCACAGGGGGAUGUUGUCACACACACAGCAUGGCUAAACCGGUCGAGUAUACUGUAUGCUGGAGAAGACAAAUGGUCGGUGGACCCCAGAGUGAGUCUGGUGACCCUUAAUCAAGAGGAGUUUACCAUCAAGAUUGAAAACGUGGACAUGACAGAUGAGGGGCAGUAUGUGUGCGCAGUCCAGACAAGCAGUCGACCGAGAACCACCUCAGUGCACAUCCUUGUCCAAGUACCACCGAAAAUCAUCAACCUGUCAAGAGAUAUUGUGGUAAAUGAAGGCUCCAAUGUCACCCUGAUGUGCCAAGCAAGCGGUAAACCAGAUCCCUCCAUCAGCUGGAAACUCAUCUCCUCCUCAGGGGACCUGGCAUCAGACGAUGAGUACCUGGAAAUCCCAUCUAUCUCCAGACAGAGAGCAGGGACGUACGAAUGCACAGCUGUCAAUGAUAUUGACACAGAUGUCCAGACCGUAGACAUCACUGUUAACUACGCUCCAACUGUGUCAGAGGGCAGAGAUGUCGGAGUGACUCUGGGCCAAAGAGGAGUGCUGGAGUGUGAGGCGGAUGCAGUGCCUGAGGCAGAUUUUGAGUGGUAUAAAGAUGACAGAAGGAUCUUCAAUGGAUUUGAUGGCAUGGAAAUUGUGAAUACUGGAUCACUGUCGAAGCUGACGUUUUUUAAUGUGUCUGAUGGAGAUUACGGCAACUACACUUGUGUCGCCAUCAACAAACUUGGGAGCUCAAACACAAGCUUCCUUCUGUAUGUGGUAAUUGAACCCACUAGCUCAACGCUAUUGCAAGGACCGAGAGCAGUUCAAGAUGGCAGCGGCGGCGCAAUGGGAGUGCACUCACACACCUGUCUGCUCUUCAUGGUGAUCCUGCCGUUCCUGCUCAGAUUUUGAAGAGGAAUGGAUGUGAACACAAGUAUUGUUUGCGUGUGUGUGUGUGUGUGUGUGUGUGUGUGUGUGGGUGUGUGCAAGAGAGAGAGAGAGAGAGAGAGAGAGAGAGAGUGGUGGUGUGUGUUUUUCUUUUUUCAACUGGAACCAUAAACUGAUGCACAGUGAGUGCAUGAAGUAUCCUGCUACGUAAUGAUGUUGACCCACUAAAUAAGUACAUAACAAAAGUUUGUUUCUGUUUUUUUUUUAGAUUUUCAAGGAUGUAACAAAUGUUUCACAUUUUAGUUGUAUUAUGUUGGAAAUUUUCUCUCUAAAUUAUAUUAUUCUGGAUUAUCUCUUUUUGCAUAUAUGUCUCGGAGGAAAAAAUAAGAUUUUUUAAUUGUGGUGUGGUUAUUGAAAUGGAUUUUUCUUUGUUUUUAACUACAUUGCAUAUUCAUCUCAACUCCAGGAAAAGGCAAAUUUACAGCAAGUAUGGGAGGUGAAUGUUAAAUACCUCAAAGUCAAACUGAGACACUGAAGCAGAAGGAAUUUAGGUUACCCUAAGGCAGAAAGCCUGGUAUUAUCAUAUUUUAAUCUAUAAUAAUUAUCAUUCAGUCUGGUUGUUGAAACACAAUUGUUUUUGACCUUCAAGUAUUUUUGUUCUCAGCACUGUAGUGAUAUACUUGCUGUUGUGUUAUGCUAAUCUUUCUUUCUUUUUUUUCUUUCUUUUUUUUCAAUUUUAAUUUUGACUAUUUUUGAGAAGGGAAAAUAUGAAGUUGUAAUUAUUUAGGACAAAUAUCUUAGUUUUAUGUCUUUGUUGUCUUUUUUUUCCUUUACCAGUACAAUUGUACACAGAAAUGGUGUCAAGAAUAAUUAUGUUAUAAUUAUGUAGUUAAAAAUGGAGGAAGAGUUUACUCCACUUGUGUGGAGUCGAUGUCUGACUUAAAUAAUGCAAAUUUAUUAAUGCUGUUGCUACUUGUUUGAACAUCAUGCCAUUUCUACACGGCACAGUUAUUUGAAAAAAUGUUCCUGUUCAUGUUGCAGACCAGCACGGUUAGAGACCACUCAGUAAGAUCAUGUUAAUAGAACACUUUUUGCAUGUAUUUAGACAACAAUAACCCAAAGACUUUAGCAGUUCGCACAGCACCAUAAUUCAUAGGGUUUCUGUUCCCGAGUCUCAACAUCCAACAAACACAAACACCUUUCCAUAGUAUUGUCUUUUCGCAAACAAGAGGACAAAUAUGUUGUGUUUUAAUAUGAGUUUAACAUCACAUAACAUUUGGAAAUCUAAAAUGAUAGAUACCUUUAAACCAAAAUGUACAGUAUGUGGUUUAUGACUGUGGAAUGCACAUCUGAACAUCACAUUUCCAGCUCUUAUUGAAAAGAAAAGAAUUGCAGGCUUACUUUACAAUAUGCAAGCCAGUUGCAAUAACUGAGAUUGAU